CCGGCGGUGUUGGCGGCGGCAGGAGUCUCCGAAGUCCCCGCCGGGCAGGCGCGCGCCAGUGGACGCGAGUGCGCGGCCGGGCAGCCGAGCGGGGCGGGGUGAGGCGGGGGUUUGGGACCCCCAGGCCGCGCUGUCAGCGGGGCUAGCGACACCGAGAUUCCUCAUUGCCGGCUUAGCCUGGCUGGCCGGGCGAGGAGCGCGCCGCUGGAGCGCCCCGGUGCGUGGGCACAGGUGACUCCGGCGCCCUGCGGCAUGUCUCCCACCGCCGAGGCCCCGCUGGCCGGCCAGGCAGCUGUCGGAGGCAGCGCGCGGGGCGGCGCGUCGGCGACCGGCGCAGGGGCACAGUAGUAGCGGGGCGUACCCCCGGACCCAAGACCCAACUCCAGGCCGGCCGGUGUAAGUUGCACCGCAGGCAGAGAGCCGGCUGCGGGGCACCGGCGGGCCAUGCCGGCGAUCAAGAAGGAGCUUACGGGCCGCGAGGACCUGGCCCUCGCCCUGGCCGCCUUCCACCCGGCCCUGGCCGCCCUGCCCCUGCCGCCACUGCCCGGCUACCUGGCGCCGCUGCCUGCCGCGGCCGCCCUGCCCCCAGCCGCCUCGCUGCCCGCCCCGGCCGCGGGCUACGAGGCGCUGCUGGUCCCGCCGCUUCAGCCCCCUCGCGCCUUUCCCCCGCUGCCCCGAGACCCGCUGGCUCUAGAGCGCUUCUCGGCCUCUGCAGCCGCAGCGCCAGACUUCCAGCCGCUGCUGGACAACGGCGAGCCCUGCAUCGAAGUGGAGUGUGGCGCCAACCGCGCGCUGCUCUACGUGCGCAAACUCUGCCAGGGCAGCAAAGGCCCAUCCAUCCGCCACCGAGGCGAGUGGCUCACGCCCAACGAGUUCCAGUUCGUCAGCGGCCGCGAGACGGCCAAGGACUGGAAGCGCAGCAUCCGCCACAAAGGAAAAAGUCUGAAGACGCUUAUGUCCAAGGGGAUCCUGCAGGUGCACCCUCCGAUUUGCGACUGUCCGGGCUGUCGAAUAUCCUCGCCAGUGAACCGGGGGCGGCUGGCAGACAAGAGGACAGUCACCCUGCCCCAGACACGUGCCCUGAAGAAGGAGCGGACUCACAGCUUCUCUGCCAGUGAUGGUGACAGUGACGGGGGUGGCACAGCUUGUGGGCGGCGGCCAUGCUUGAAGGAGGAGGAUGCCCCACACAUCCGUAUCAUGAAGAGAAGAGUCCACACCCACUGGGACGUGAACAUCUCUUUCCGAGAGACAUCUUGCAGCCAGGACAGCAGCCUGCCUACUCUCAUAUCCAGUGUACAUCGAAACCACCACCUCGUUAUGCCCGAGCAUCAGAGUCGCUGUGAAUUCCAGAGAGGCAGCGUGGAGAUUGGCCUGGGACCCACAGGUGACUUGUUAGGCAAGAGGCUGGGCUGCUCCUCCCACAUCAGCAGUGACUGCUCUUCAGAAAAGCGGGCCCGAAGCAAGUCCCCGCAAGAGACCCUGCUACUGCCAGAACUGGGGCCCAGCAUGGCCCCUGAGGACCACUACCGGCGGCUCGUGUCAGCCCUCAGUGAGGCCAGCACCUUUGAGGACCCUCAGCGUCUCUACCCACUGGGCCUCCCAAGUCAUGAUCUCCUGAGGGUCCGGCAGGAGGUGGCAGCUGCAGCAUUGAGGAGCCCCAGUGGUCUGGAUGUCCACCUGCCCUCAUCUGCCGCAGGUCAGCGCCGGAAGCAGGGUCUGGCACAACACCGCGAGGGCCCCACGCCAACUGCUGCCGCGUCCUUCUCCGAGAGGGAGCUGUCCCAGCCGCCCCCCUUGCUGUCGCCCCAGAAUGCCUCCCACAUCGCCCUGGGCUCCCAUCUCAGGCCCCCCUUUUUGGGGGUGCCGUCAGCUCUGUGCCAGACUCCAGGCUAUGGCUUCCUGCCCCCCGCCCAGGCGGAGAUGCUGGCCCGGCAGCAGGAGCUCCUGCGGAAGCAGAGCCUGGCUCGGCUGGAGAUGUCAGCGGAACUGCUUCGACAGAAGGAGCUGGAGAGCGCUCACCGGCCACAGCUGCUGGCGCCCGAGGCGGCUUUGCGCGCCCCAGACAGCGCGGAGGAGGUGCAGCGGCGCGGGGCGUUGCUAGUGCUGAAACAGAGCUCCGCGCCGCUGCUAGCCCUGCCUCCCCAAGGCCCGCCGGGCCCAGGGCCCCCGACUCCGCCCCGCGAGUCUGCCCGCCGAGCCCUUCGGAAAGGGGGCACCACCUCUACCCCAGCCCAGCCCAGCGAGUCUAAAGAGACAACAGGGGCUGGGCUCUGGGCUCAAGAUGGCGCAGAGGAUGAGCCCCUCAAAGACUCAGAUGGAGAGGACCUGGAGAUGGCAGUUGCUGGGAGCCAGGGCUCCACCCCGGGCCAAGUCCCCGCUGGAGGGGCCCGCAUGGAAGGGAAAGGGCCUCUCUCAGGGUCCGCCCUGCCCCCACCGCUGCCACUGGGCUUCCCCUAUACGGUUAGCCCCUACUUCCAUACAGGCACCAUGGGGGGGCUCUUCUCCGAUGGAGAGGAGGCCACAGCUCCAGAGGACAUCAGCAAGUGGACCGUGGAUGAAGUCUGCAACUUUGUGGGAGGCCUGUCGGGCUGUGCAGAGUAUACUCAGGUGUUCAGAGAACAAGGGAUUGAUGGGGAGACUCUGCCUCUGCUGACUGAAGAGCACCUGCUGACCACCAUGGGGCUGAAGUUGGGGCCUGCCCUUAAGAUCCGAGCCCAGGUGGCCAAGCGCUUGGGUCGAGUUUUCUACAUGGCCAGCUUCCCUGUGGCUCUGCCACUGCAGCCACCAACCCUGCGGGGUCCUGAAGAGCUCACCCCAGGAGAGCAGUCACCAACAGCCACCUCCCCUUAUGGAGGGAACCACCCCUGUGCAGGCCGAGCCUCCCCCAAGCAGGAGAAUGGAACUUCAACCAUGGCUCUGCUCCCUGGGGCCCCAGACCCUUCCCAACCUCUGUGCUGAGCAUGCGGGUGGGCCACUGGC